UUGAUUUUUGUUACUUUACACUUAAGAUUCCUUUAAAUUCAAUUUCAAUAUCUCACUAUCACCACCGGAUGCUAUGGAUUUCAAAAAUAAUGAAAUCCUGAUUCCUGUGAAUCAGAAUCAGAACCGGAAUCGAAUCGAUUCCGGUUCUGAAUCCGCGUUUUUCGGAUCGUGGAGUUCGACUUCUUCGUCUUCGUUUCUAACAACGUCGUUUGGAUCAGAACUUGAUUCAAACGAAACGGAUCGAAACGAAGGCGAUGAAGAAGAAAAAGAAGAAAUUGAAGAUGAUGAUAAUGAUGAGUUUAUUGCUCUGUUAACUAGACAAAUGGCGGAUUACAUGCUUGAAGAAGCAGAAGAAGAAGAUAACGGCGGAGUUAUUAUCCAGGUUUCUAAGGAUAACGGUUUUCCAAAACCUAACUUCCAGGAAGCUAUUGAAAAUCAAAAACAUCAGAAGCAAACGCGCCGUAGCUAUGCAGAUACAGUGAAGAAAUCGAUCAUCGGAUUUCAGUCGGAGCAAUCAAAUACCGGCGAUAAACAGUUGCCACCUCCAAUUCAGAUGUAUAAGGUGGAAGAUCAACCGCGAUUAACUGGAAUACAGAGUGGUGGUGGUUUGGGAAGGAAGGGGAAGAUGAGUGAGUCGACUCAGCCACAGCAGCAGCACGUGAGACAUCAUCAUCGUCACGUGAGAGGUAACAAGGACUAUGUGAAUGGUGGAAAGGGAGGGUUCUGUAAUGGUGGAUUGGGAUCAGUGGCGGUUGGGUCGGGUAUGAGAGCUAUAUUUUUAGGCGGGUCGGGCUCAAGAAAUGUGACGGGUGGGACCGGUGUUUUCUUGCCUCGUUCAGCUACAGACGCAACUGAUCAUAGCCGCAAAAAGACUGGGUGUUCGACUGUUCUCGUCCCAACACGAGUAUUACAAGCAUUAGAACAACACUUCAACAACAUGGAGUCCGUUUCGCAAUCAAUUAAAAUACCUCAGCCGCAUAACAAUCACAAAGUUAAGAAGGACAAAAAACAAACUUGCGAGUCAGUAUCAGUGGACCAUCAAGAGCCAAAACUUCCCCAAGAAUGGAUUUAUUGAUGGACAUAGCAACUAGCAAUGAAGUUUAUUUUUUUAGGUGCCUGCAAAUAUAAUAAUGGAUGGAUUGUUUUCUAAGGAAAAGUUGAAUAAUAAAUGAAGGGCUUGCUGGUGGUUCAAAUAAUACUUCAUAUAUAUUGUAUAUAUAAAGUGUCGGUACGCUUGCUUUGAUUCAAGGAUGUCACCGAUGUAAAUUUUAUUUUUAUGGUGGUCUCCUUGUAAAAUAACUACCACAAUAAUGCUGUAUAUAUGAUGGAUUGGUUCGCGAAAUUAGUCAUUCUAAUAAAUAAAACUGUUAUUGUUUGUA